UAUCGAUCGCGAAACGGAUCUACAGAUAGCUCUCGCUCUCAAACUUACGGUUCUCGAGCGCGGACGUCCACUUCAUACACUCCAUCAUAUACUCCAUCAUUUGCACUUUCCUAUGGCAAAACAAAACCCGAAGAGCCAAAGGAGCUGAUGUCGAGAAGCUAUUCACCCGUUCGUCCACGGAAUGAAAUAUUGAGAUCUCUGACGUCGUCGGAGCAACCGAGAUCGUUGCUCAAGUCGUCGGUGCUGGAUGGGAAGAGUGAUAGAAAUUCUAGUCAAGAAUCGUUACGAGACGCGGACAAACAGCCAACAUCGCACGCUGGUGUGUCAUCUGUCCCGAAAAACCCCUCAAUACGAGAGAGCAGUCAAGAACGUGACUCAGAAAGGCACAGAAAGAGAUCUAGCAAAGAGCGAACCGCCCGACGAAAUUCUCGGCAACGAGCUCUAACUCAUAGUUCGUCAAGUGACGAAGAAAUCGACCGCUCGCUUACGCGAGCCGAUGCAAAACGACGAAGGCGACGACAAAGAGAGUCUGCAGAACAA